UCUUCACUGUUUGACUAAUUUAAGAACAUAAGAGGCAUAUGAAAUCAGAUCAAGAUUUUCACUAGUUGGGUAGUUGGGCUGUAUGGCCAUGUUCCAGGAGCAUUCUCUCCUGACGUUUCAUCCAUAUCUAUGGCAGCCAUCCUCAGAGGAAACCAAGCAAGGGAGGUUUAUAUAUCUGUGGAAGGUCCAGGGUGGGAGAAAGAAUUCUUGUCUGUUGGAGGCAGGUGUGAAUGUUGUAAUUAAUCACCUUGAUUAGCAUUAAUGGCCUUGCCAGCUUCAUUCCUGCCUGAGGGGGAUCCUUUGUUCUGAGGUGUUAGCUGCCCCUGAUUGAUUUAUGUCUGUAAUUCCUCUGUUUUCAGAAUGUUGCUCCUUAUUCUCCUUAUUUAUUGUUCUGAUUUUGGAGUUUUUUUAAUACUGGUAGCCAGAUUUUGUUCAUUUUCAUGGUUUCCUCCUUUCUGUUGAAAUUGUCCAUAUGCCUGUGGAUUUCAAUGGCUUCUCUGUGUAGUCUGACAUGGUGGUUGUAAGAGUGGUUCAGCAUUUCUGUGUUCUCAAAUAAUAUGCUGUGUCCAAGUUGGUUCAUCAAGUGCUCUGCUAUGGCUGACUUCUCUGGUUGAGUUAGCCUGCAGUGCCUUUCAUGUUCCUUGAUUCGUGUUUGGGCAAUGCUGCGUUUGGUGGCCCCUAUGUACACAGCUGCUUUCCUCUAGUAUUUUCAAUUGUGUCAGAAGCAACUUGAUAAGUCGCUUCUGGUGUGAGAGAAUUGGCUAUUUACAGAGAUGUUGCCCAGAGGACAACAGAGGCUUCUUUCAUGAUCCUGCAAGUUAGAGCUGACAGACAAGAGCUCACCUCAUCUCCCAGAUUUCAACCGGCAACCUUCCGGUCAGCAACCCAACGUUCAGGUCAGCAGUCCAGCUAUUCCUUGCUAUGCUGGUGCAUCAAGCUCCUGUUAAAGGAAACCUACCCAACAUCUUUGAAAUGUUUAUACAGGCAGUCCCUGAGUUACAAACAUGCGACUUACAAAUGACUCAUAGUUGAGAACAGGGUUGAUGGAUCAGGAAGUGAGAGAAAUCUACCCCUAUUUACUUUUGAAAGAGUUAUUAUUGGGAAAAGGUGUCUCUACUGAAGCUUUGUCACCAAUCUUUGUUUCAACAAAUAUGUUUCCACAACAAGCCAAAUUUUUCAAAAUCCAGUUAUUACAUGGACAGAAAGGGAGGUGAGAUUUUCCGAACUGGGGCACAGACAGCAAAACAAAUGCCACUGAGUUGUCAACCCUUCCCUAUGUUCUCCAAAGCUGUAAAAAUUGGUUGGAGUUGCACUUAAAAAUGUACCUGUUCCAACUUACAAAUUCAACUUAAGAAUAAACCUACAGAACCUAUCUUGUUCAUAACAUGGGAACUGCCGGUAUUCCGUCCUCAAUACUGCUAGGGAUUAUUUUUCCACAAGUAGUUGCUGAAUCAACUUUUUACCAGCAAUGUAGAUGUCAAAGCACCUCUCAUAAGUUAAUGUCACUGUGUCAUUGGCAAAAAUAUGUACUGUCAAUGAGUUAGCAAAGCUCUGGCUCUCCCCCACUUUCUACUUUUUACCUGCAGGUUUUAGCCAUGUGGUUCUAUCUGGCUGUCCUAUUGGGGUUUUACUUCUUUCGCCGAUGGUACCGAGAGAGACAGAUUGUGGAGAAUCUAACAGAGAAAUAUGUCUUCAUCACCGGUUGUGAUUCCGGCUUUGGGAACCAGCUUGCCAGGCAGUUGGAUACUCGGGGCCUGAGGGUUUUGGCAGCUUGUCUCACCCAGAAAGGGGCAGAGGAUUUGAAGAGGUUGACAUCGGACCGAUUGAAAACUAUUAUUUUGGAUAUCACCAUCACAGAGAAUGUAGCGGCAGCAGCGAAAUGGGUGAAACAAUGUGUUGGCAACAAAGGUCUCUGGGGCUUGGUAAACAAUGCUGGCAUUGGUGAUCCAUCAGGUCCCAACGAAUGGCUGACCAAAGAUGAUUUUGCAAAGGUGAUCAAUGUCAACCUGUUUGGCUUGAUUGAUGUGACUCUACACAUGCUGCCCCUGGUGAGAGCAGCCAGAGGAAGAGUGGUCAAUGUCACCAGCAUAUUUGGAAGACUGCCAUACAUCGGAGGAGGCUAUUCUCCAUCCAAGUAUGGUGUGGAAGCCUUCUCUGACAGCCUGAGGCGAGAGCUCCAUUCCUUUGGGGUCCAACUCAGCAUUAUUGAACCUGGUGCUUUCAGCACACCUCUUCUCAAAUCCAUAGAAGAGAAGUUCCGAGAAACAUGGAGCCGGGUGCCUUCUGACAUCAAAGAACUCUAUGGGGAGCAGUACUUGGAGAAAUUGUGCAAAAUAUGCCAACGUAUCAACAAGGAUGCCAGCCAGAACCUCUCUCUUGUUACUGACUCCAUAGAGCAUGCCUUGACCUCUUGCUACCCUCGCACACGCUACGCUGCAGGCUGGGAUGCAAAGCUCUUCUAUAUUCCACUUUCCUACAUGCCAACCUCACUGACAGACUAUAUGCUGACUUGCUUUAUGCCAGAGCCAGCACAGGCAGUGUAAAUGAGUGUAUUAUGCAAGGCCCUUGUAAAAUGAGCUUCACCAUCUCCCAAAUCAGCCAAGAAGUUGUAUAGAUGGGGCACAACUUCCAGUUAGGCUAAUGAGGUAUAACCUCAGUCAUGAUGUGACCCAAAGAUUUGUCAGUUGAAUUUCUUUUUCCCUGUCAGUUCUGAAUUAUUGACCCAUCUUGGAACUGACAUGAUAUAGCCAUUUACUUCUGCAGGUGAAACUGAAUUUCUCACUUCCGCAACCUGAACAGGCCAGUGAGAGAGAAGGAAUUUUUAUGUAAGAAGGUUUAUGGACCAAAACAGCAUUACAGCUGUGAAGUUAGGCUGCCAGUUAAAACCUAGAAUAAAUUGUUUGGAGAGAUUGCUAAACAAAUCUCUUACUGUAAACUUAUGCAAUG